AUGUCUCGUGCCGUUCUUAUUUUGUGCGCUCAAAUGGCCCUAAUUCAGGUCAUUGCAGGUCAGUGUCCUGGCAAUGGACUUAACAGCAAUUUAAUAACGCCGGGCCUAGUAGCUGGUGAGGGUAUGGGUUGGGGAGGUCCAGGAUAUGGCUACGCAGGCCAAUUUGGUGCUCCUUACGCACCGGCACCUUUGAUUGCUUCUGAAUGGACGCCUUUAGGACCAGCUACAGUUCCUUCAUCCAAUGGCGGCGGUUUCAUUGUAAAAAGUUCUUCCCCUAUACCGCCUAUCGGUGUCUCUGUUGUAUCAGACAAUGAGUAUACAGGUCCUCUAGCUGUUAAUGGUCAGCUCCCAUUCUUAGGUACUCUCGGGUUGGAAGGUGCUAUUACAAGUUCUGGAUCGGGAGCUGUUUCAUAUGGUUGCGGUAAUGGUAACGUUGGAAUUGUGAGCGAGAACAUUCUCCCCAAAGCAGCAGACAUAGGAUACGGUAACGGCUUAUCUCCUGGUUUUGGAUUAGGUCCUGGUUUUGCUGGACCCAACUACGCAUUUGGACCGGGAAAUUUCGCUCUAAACAGUCUCAAUAAAUGUGAAGGUGUACAAGGUGCUUAG